CUCCUGGAUUCUUCUUCUUCCUUCAUGUCGGCAGUCCUUCCGAGGAAAGCCUGCAGCCACUCGUCCUCCUCCCAUAUCAAACAAGUGUCACAUAGAGCCAACCCCAUCGCUAAAGGUGCUUUCAUGGUGAAUCUCCAAAGCACGGCGGCUCAACAAGUGUUGACAGCAGGUCACACGCGUAGAACUGCUUAGCCAACAAAGCAAAGCGACCGUAUUUAGUAUUCUUCCUCGAAGCCAUGGACGCCCCAAGAGGAUCACCACCUCCACCUCAAGACCUCCUUCCAUGGAUUCUUCUUCUUCUUCUUCUUCUUCUUCUUCAUCCAAGCCCCACAGCCUUUCUCGGCCCUGCCUCUGUUCGCCGACGACGCACCUGGGUUCCUUCCGGUGCAAGCUCCACCGUGGUCCGAGAAAGAGUUCCGGCCGAUCAGUGGCGCACGCGGGAUCGCCGGAGACGAAGGGACCAGCGAAGGCGACGUCGAUGGGCGGCCUCCUCAUGCAGAUGAUACGACCGUCGAGCCAUGAUCUCCGCAGGAGGAGGCACUUCCAGCCCAAGCCUUCAAGGUUCUUCCUGAUGAAAGAGAUGGAGGCGCUGUGCCGAAGCAAGAGUAAUGGACCUGCUGAUCUUCAUUCCAUGGCCGAAUUACUCGUGGCGGAGACCGUUUUGGCUGUGGAAAGGUCGCUCCUUUGGCUUUUCCUGGCGGUGGGCUCUUCAUCAAGUCAAAUUGGUCCAGUGAAUGAUGAGUCUGAAGUAAUUUACCAGACACUUCAAAGAAGUAAACCUGAAGCCAUGCUCGAGAAUAAGGACGAUGGCGAGUCAGAUGAGGACGAGGAUGAGGAUGACAAUGGCGAUGAUGGAGCUGGCCAAGAAGACGGAGGCGAAGAUGAUCUCUCGGGAGAGGAGGGGAAUGAUAACCAAGGAGACGAUAACGACAACGAUGACCCUGAGGUCAAUGGUGAAGGGGGAAGUGAAGAUGAAGAAGAUGACGACGACGAUGAUGAAGAGGAAGAGGAGGAUGAGGAAGAGGACGAAGACGAGGAGGAUGAGGAGGAAGAGGAGGAACUCCCGCAGCCACCUACCAAGAAGAGAAAGUGAGGCAGCCGAUGUUAGAUCGGGUCAUCGUAGUUUGUUUCAUUUUGACUAGUGUUGGUUAGACACUAGGGCUUUGUACUUGGGGAGUAGCUUCUUCAUAGGAUUAGGGUAAGGAGGGAUGACUUCCUGUGAAUGAACUUUGCUCAGUGUGUUUUAAUCUUAAACAUAAUACUGCUAGCUGACAUUGGAUAUAUUGGAGGCUCAUUUCAUUUUCAGUA